CUGGUGCACUUCUCGGUGGGCGACCUGCCCAGCCGCGGCUACGGGGUGAUGGGCGAGAUCCGGCGGCAGGGGAAGCUGUGCGACGUGACCCUCAAGGUGGGCGAUCACAAAUUCAGCGCGCAUCGGAUCGUCCUGGCGGCCUCCAUUCCUUAUUUCCACGCCAUGUUCACAAACGACAUGAUGGAGUGCAAGCAGGAUGAGAUUGUCAUGCAGGGCAUGGACCCCAGCGCACUGGAAGCUCUGAUCAAUUUUGCCUACAACGGACAUUUAGCCAUUGACCAGCAAAAUGUCCAGUCUUUGUUGAUGGGCGCCAGUUUCCUGCAGCUGCAGAACAUCAAGGAUGCGUGUUGCUCCUUCCUCAAAGAGAGGCUCCACCCAAAGAACUGCCUGGGCGUGCGCCAGUUCGCGGAGGCCAUGAUGUGCGCCGUCCUGUACGAGGCCGCCAACAACUUCGUCCACCAGCACUUCGUGGAGGUCUCCAUGCUGGAGGAGUUCCUGUCUCUGCCCUUGGAGGAUGUCCUGGAGCUGCUCUCGAGGGAUGAGCUACACGUGAAGGUGGAGGAGCAGGUCUUCGAAGCCGCCCUGGCCUGGGUGAGGUACGACCGGGGACCCCGAGAAGGCUGCCUGCCAGAGCUCCUGUCCAGGAUCCGCCUGCCCCUCUGCCGGCCGCCCUUCCUGACGGGCCGCGUGCAGCAGGACGAGCUGGUCCGCGGCUGCCCCAAGUGCAGGGACCUCGUGGAUGAGGCCAAAGACUUCCACCUGAUGCCAGAGUGCCGUCCGUCUCUCCUCCCUUUCAAGACACAGCCGCGUUCUUGCACGUCCAUCGCCGACUUGAUCUACGCCGUGGGAGGACUCAACUCGGCAGGAGACUCCCUGAACGUGGUGGAGGUCUUCGAUCCCGUGGCCAACCAGUGGGAGAAGUGCCAGCCAAUGAUGACGGCCCGCAGCCGUGUGGGCGUGGCCGUGCUGAACGGACUCUUGUACGCCAUUGGAGGAUACGACGGGCAGUGGCGGCUGAGCACCGUGGAAGUGUACAACCCUGAGACCGACUCCUGGUCCAGGGUGGGCAGCAUGAACAGCAAACGGAGUGCGAUGGGAACCGUAGUCUUAGACGAACAGAUCUACGUUUGUGGGGGCUACGACGGCACCUCUUCUCUGAACUCGGUGGAGGCCUAUUCGCCCGAGACAGACCAGUGGACGGUGGUGACGCCCAUGAGCUCCAAUCGCAGCGCAGCCGGCGUCACCGUCUUCGAAGGCCGCAUCUUUGUCUCCGGCGGACACGAUGGCUUGCAAAUCUUCAACAGCGUGGAAUUCUACAAUCCGUACACCGCCUCGUGGCACAGCGCGGCCAGCAUGUCGAACAAGCGGUGCCGGCACGGGGCCGCCUCCCUCGGCGGCAAGCUCUUCGUCUGCGGCGGCUACGACGGCUCGGCCUUCCUCAGCGUCGCCGAGGUCUACAAUUCAGCGGCCGAUCAGUGGGACCUCCUGGUGCCCAUGAACACCCGGCGGAGCCGCCUAUCUCUGGUGGCCAACCGCGGCUGCCUGUAUGCCGUGGGCGGCUACGACGGACAGUCCAACCUCAGCUCGGUCGAAGUGUACGACCCGGAAGCCAAGCGCUGGACGUUCGUGGCGCCCAUGGUGUGCCACGAAGGUGGGGUGGGGGUGGGCUGCGUCCCACUGAUGGCCAUUUGA